AAAUUCCGAAGUCCGAGAGGAGUGGAGCACAAGAAAACAAAAUGCACCGCUUUGAUGACUGAUUCAGCGGUUGCGACUCAUCUUCUCUUCUCCUAAUAGCUAGAGUUGACAUUUUUGGAUUCUUACGUGAAUCCAAUUUACCAUCUCAGCCAUUGGUUGCUUAUUUCUUCGUCCUUCAUCAUCUUGUGCUUCAGAUUCUCUUUCGUUCAUCAGUGCUCCCACGGUUCUCUUUUCCUGGUUUCCACAGAUCUGAAACUACUCUUCUGGACAUGGUUUAAGAAGUUAAAGAUUUAACCUUUGUAGGAUAAAUGGGUGAUGAUAUUGAAGAUGAUAUUUCACAUCCUAACCCUGUUGGAAGAUUAUCUGUUUUCUAUUAUGGUGUGGGCCACAUGCUAAAUGACAUCACUGCUGCCUGUUGGUUUACUUAUCUGUUAUUGUUUUUAACAGAUAUAGGACUGUCCCCAAGAGAUGCUGCUACAGUAAUGCUUUCAGGUCAGAUAGCUGAUGGAUUUGCUACCAUAUUUUCAGGCGAACUGAUAGACAGGUUUGGGCAUUUCAAAAUAUGGCAUGGUGCAGGAUCUGUUUUGGUUGCCAUUUCAUUUUCUUCUGUUUUCGGUGGCUGCUGGCCUUGUGAAAUCUUUGCUAACCAUUCAUCAACAAUAGAAACGGUAUCAUAUAGUGUCUUUGCUGCAAUCUUCAAUGUGGGUUGGGCUGCUACUCAAGUUUCACACAUGUCUAUGAUGAAUUGCAUCUCCCUGAACUCAACAAGCAGGGUGGUGAUGGCAAGUUGUCGAAAUGCUUUUACAAUGGUUGCUAAUCUCAGCCUCUAUGCAGUUGCCUUGAUAGUAUUCAAUGUCAGUGAAGCAAAAACACAUGCUGAUAUUGAAAAUCAGUACCGAUGGAUUGCGUACCUGUCAAUUUUUAUUGGAUGCUGCUUUGUGGGACUAUUUCAUCUUGGAACCAAGGAGCCAAGAUUAAAGAUAAGCGUACAUGGAAAUUGUUGUUCAAGGGUAUCAUGGACUUACUGGUUCAAGAAAAUAUUAUACUAUCAAGUUGGAAUUGUGUAUUUGCUUACCAGACUUGUACAAAAUGUUUCACAGGCAUAUCUUGCAUUCUAUGUGAUUAAUGAUUUGCGCAUGGCUCAAUCAGCUAAAGCUUUGGUACCUGCAAUUAUCUACAUCAGCAGCUUUGUCAUAUCUAUCAUUAUGCAGGAAAUAUCUUGGACUGGACAACGCCUGAAAGCCUACUAUUCUGCUGGUGGCAUUCUUUGGAUAUUUUGUGGUGCUAGCAUCUUUCUUUUACCUAGGAGCAUGAGCGGUUUUAUGUAUGUCAUAUCCAUAUGUAUUGGAAUAGCAAAUGCUCUAAUGACGGUAACUGGAAUAAGCAUGCAGAGUGUUCUCGUUGGUUCAGACCUCAAUGGCUGUGCAUUUGUAUGUGGUUCGUUAAGCUUCGUAGACAAGAUUUCAUGUGGUCUGGCUCUGUAUGCUCUUCAAUCAUUUCAAAGCAUGUCACCUAAAGUCCAGAAUUCCCUUUCCACAAAUUAUAUUUCAGUCACAAGAUGUGGUUUGGGUCUAGUUCCAGCCUUCUGUUCGCUUGUUGGUGUGGCUGUUACAUACACUAUGAAACUCAACACACCCUGCUCCAAACCUUUGAUGGAACCACUUUUGGAAUAAUAAUGUACUAGAGGGGCCAGUUUGUUGGAGUAAUCACUGCACCUCGAUUAUCUGCGCGAGAACUAACAUCCAGCAUUCCACUUAGCUAGAGGAAGAAGUUUCUGAAUAUCAGAUCAGAUCAACCAAGUUCAGGGUAUAGUUUAUUUAUUUUCUUCAUUCUCAGAAGUCGUAGCCAAUGUUUGUUCUAUGCUCAGAGAAAUUUAUUCCAAUAUUCUUUUUAUACAAGGUCAUUGAUAUGAUGUUACAUUACAUAAAAAGCAGACCAACACAAUUGUUUUCUCACAAGAUCAUGUAUAAGCAAGCCAAGGUUGAUUUGUGAACAA